CUGGCGAUUCAUGUGCAUAGCAGGCUCGAUGGGCGUAGCUGUUGCAGGCCAUGUGGAUUGUGUAUUGCGUUCAGUGAUACGUACCAGAUACACAGCCUUGUACCUGCUCACGCGUGUCGCUUCACGGCAUAAAGACCAAGGGCACGCCGUGUUGCGUGGCGCAAUUUCAUCCAGCUCCCAUCUGUUUUCUGAUCUCCCCUAUCCAUCACAGCGCCCGUCUCGGCAGGUCCCUUCUCAUCUGCAACACACUGAAUACUGGAACCGCCCAGGAUGUCCUGCUUCUCGUUUCUUCGCCGCUUGUCUAAGCUGGACGUGGCGUCUGACGCCUCAUCCAUGCAGAGUGCCUCGACGCUCGUCGGCCACGUCGAUGACGCCAGGCAAGAUGAGAAGGCGUCUGCUGUACGCCCUUGUGGCGAUGCACGCGGCCGCUUUGCCCCGACACCGACGACGAAGCAGCUCAGCGUGCUGCGCGAUGAGAUGCACAAGGAGGGCGGCCUGGCAUGGUACAUUGUCUCCAGCGAUGACGAGCAUGCGUCCGAGUACACCGCGCCGCCCGAUCAGCGCCGCGCCUUCAUCACCGGCUUCACCGCCUCAGCUGGCACGGCGAUCGUCGGCACGGACGAGGCACACGCCUUUGCGGACGGCAGGUACUGGGUGCAGGCCGAGCAGCAGCUUGACUGCAACUGGACCCUGCACAAGGUCGGCAUGAGCGGCACGGACAACUGGGAUGCCUUCCUCCUCAAGGCCGUCAAGCCCGGCGAUAAGGUCGGCUUCGACGCCAAGACCAUCUCAUACAAGCCUGCCAAAGCGCUCAUCGCGGCGCUGAAGCAGGCCGGUGCGGAGGUCAGCCUGCCGACGCGCAACCUUGUUGACGCAGCCUGGCCCGAUCGGCCAGAGCCCAAACUUGUGCCUGUCCACGAGCACCCGCUCAAGUUCAGCGGCAAGCACGCCAGCGAAAAGCUCGCUGAUCUGCACAAAUGGAACCAGGCGCAGCCGGCCGCGGACCAGCGUGGCAUCACCUACUUGAUCUCCGCGCUGGACGAGGUCGCAUGGACACUCAACCUGCGCGGCGAUGCCAUCCCAAACAACCCCGUCUUCCCCGCUUAUCUCACGAUCACUUCUCUACCUGGUGAGCAGCAUCCGUUCACAACGCUCUACAUCUCCUCCGACCUUGUCCCGCAUGGAAGCGAUGUGUACCACUACAUCAGUUCCCUCGGCGUACGCAUCCUCGAGCACGACGCCAUCUGGAGCUCCCUUUCAGCAAGCACUUCCGCCACCACCACCACCAUCUCCAUCAGCGCCAUCGGUGACAACAUACUGGUCGCGACGGAAAAAGUCAGCUGGGCCAUUGUCGAAGCCUUUGCAGGCGGCGAGGAGAACAUGUGCGUUCUCGGCCCGCAGUCACCCAGCGCGAUGGCCAAGGCGGUCAAGAACGACGUCGAGAUCCAGGGUUUCCGCAAUGCAUACCUGCGCGACGGAGCCGCUUGGUGUAUUUGGGCUGCGCACCUCGAUCACGAUAUUCGCUGCCGCGGCAAGCAGGUCGACGAGUGGACCGCCGCCGUCAGGCUCGACAAAGAGAGGCAGCCGCUUAAGUACUAUGCUGGUGAAUCGUACGAGCCGAUCAGCGCAACGGGCCAGAAUGCCGCACUGCCGCACUACGAGACACCCGCGACCGGUUCGGAUGUCAUCAAUACCACCACGCCGUACCUAUGUGACUACGGCGCGCAAUACCUGGACGGCACGAUCGACACGACACGCACCGUAUUUUUUGGGCAGCGGCCGUCGAAGGAGCAUACGCGCGCCUUUACGCGCGUCCUGCAGGGCCACAUUGCCAUCGACCGCGCUGUCUUUCCCGCGGGUAGCACGGGCGCGAUGCUCGACGUGCUCGCACGCAAGGCGCUCUGGCAGGACGGCAUGAACUACUCGCAUGGUACCGGACACGGCAUCGGCGCCUACCUCGGCGUCCACGAGGGUCCGCAUGGCUUCUCCACCAGCUCCGGUGGCAGCAAGGUCCCCGUUGCUUUGCAGCCGGGUAUGAUGCUCAGCAACGAGCCUGGCUUCUACGAAGAAGGCCACUACGGUAUCCGCACGGAGAGCAUCAUCUGCGUUAAGGAGGUCGACACGAGGCGCAACUUUGGAGGGACAAAGUGGUACGGCUUCGAGAGGAUCACGCAGGUGCCGAUCGAUCGCCGUCUAGUCGACUUUAGCCUGCUGUCGAAAGACGAAGUCGGCUGGCUGCACAAACACAACGAAGACGUCAAGCGUAAUGUGCUGCCCCUUAUCAAGCACGACAGACUCGCCACUCGCUGGCUCAGCAGGCAAUGAAUGUAGUAUCGCUGCUCACUUUCUUUUUUUUAAGCGUUGUGCAAUGGCAAUCAACGUGUAGGUUACAG